AUGGCACCAAGUGCAGCACCAAUUGCCCACUCGGAAGAGCAACUGUAUGCUUCUUCCAACAGCAUUGACGUAACAUCUAAUCAGGAUGUGUACCGGGGCUACGAUCACACUACCUGGUACGUUGGCAAUGCUAAGCAAGCAGCGUCCUGGUAUGUAACUCGCAUGGGCUUUGAAGUGGUAGCAUACCAAGGCCUAGAAACCGGUAGUCGUUGUACUACAUCCUAUGUUGUAUCCAACAACAAUGUAAGAUUCGUUCUUACUUCUGCUCUCCAAAGCAUUUCUGGAGUCGAGGAUACCGCCUCCUCCAAGGAGCGACACCUGGUCAAGGAAAUCUACGAUCACUUAGAGCGACAUGGAGAUGCAGUCAAGGAUGUUGCCUUCGAGGUUGAUGAUGUCCAUUCGUUAUUUUCUAGCGCCAUCUCGGCUGGCGCAACAGGUGUGCAAGAGCCAACGUCGAUCAGUGACCAGUCCGGAUUUGUGGUGACUGCGGUGAUCAAGACAUUUGGUGAAACUACGCAUACUUUUAUCGACCGUCGAAACUACUCUGGCUCCUUUUUCCCCGGGUUUAAAGCAGUCGAAGAGACGGAUCCCAUACAGCAAUAUCUCCCUGUAAUUGAUCUUGGGGAAAUCGAUCAUUGCGUGGGUAAUCAUGACUGGCACGACCUCGAGUCAGCCUGCAAUUUUUACGAAGAAUGCCUCGGCUUUCGUCGCUUUUGGACUGUCGAUGACAGAUCGCUUACGACGGAAUACUCAACGAUGAAUUCAAUAGUUAUGGCAUCUCCUGGAAAUGGCGUCGUCAAAAUGCCUAUGAACGAACCAGCAAUUGGCAAAAAGAAGUCUCAAAUCGAGGAGUUUGUGGAAUUUUUCAACGGAGCCGGAGUUCAACACAUUGCGCUUCAAACAACAGACAUCUUGGAAACCGUCACAAAUCUGAAGAAGCGCGGCGUGCCAUUUAUUAGCGUACCAGAUACAUAUUAUGAAGAUUUGCGCAUUCGUCUAAAUAAAGCUGGCAUGGAAAUCAACGAGAGCCUCGAGGCGUUGCAAAAGCUGUGCGUUUUAGUCGAUUUCGACGAGGGCGGCUAUCUACUUCAGAUAUUCACGAAGCCUCUUCUGGAUCGACCCACGAUUUUCCUUGAAAUUAUUCAACGAAAUAAUUUUGAUGGUUUCGGAGCGGGUAAUUUUAAGGCGUUGUUCGAGGCCGUUGAGAGAGAGCAAGAGAAGAGAGGAAAUCUAUAG